ACGUGUGUCUGYGCGUCRAACUCUUGGGACCUUGUCCCUGUUGCCAGUGAACAACGGGGCGAGGCCUGAUGAUGUGCCAGCGUCCUUCCCCCACCUACCGCCCUCGACGAAAGCACGAGUGCCUUGCUCGUCGAACGRCACAGGUUCCCCGACACCUGAAACUGGCACGGUGCCUUGCGCAUCAGGCUGCGUUGCCACAGAUGGUCUGCCAUCAACGGAUGCGGGAAUCGUCUGACGAAGCGGACGAGGGGGGAGGGGAGCAAGUGGUGCACAUGGAGAUAGCGCCACUUGCGAGGGGGCAGCGGUCGACGGGGGCGGCGGAACGACGUCAUAGGGAGAACGAAGAGGUGGCCAUUGAAAAGAGGGAUGACCUAGAGGGAGACUCUGCAAGGCCUGCACAGCAGAAGCCAAAUAUGCAGGACACUUUGACAUAUCCUUUGACCAAAUCGCGUGCCACACCGCCGGAUUUGGCGGAGGAAGUGAGGACGAUAGAGGAGGGUCCCACCCAGGUGGAGGAACAUGAGCAGUUAAAGGGAGGAAUGUAUCUGCUUACAAAUACGGUUCUGCAAGGAGACUUUGACCAAAAGGGCUCAUUCAGUCCUAUUGAGGGCGAGGACUUCGUUCCUGAGAGCCAGGAUAAUGAGUUCGAGGAAGGAGAGAUCAAGGAAGUCUUUCGUGUGGAAGAGUAUGAUGGGAUCUACCUUGAGCUAGGCCUAUUCCUAUCCUGUGAAAUGAGGGACAGGGAUGCAAGCGUUAAAACUCAGAAGAUGAGGCAUCUCUAUGUGGUGAGGGAUGACCAUUUAUUCAUAAAACGACAAGUCGGAAAUCCCAAGCGGGUUGUAUGCGGGAGGAACCGGCAAAUCGACAUUAUAGCGGCAUUACAUGAUGGUAUAGCAGGAGGGCACAGACGGAUAGGUGCCACGUGUGCAAAGAUAAACGAACUAUAUCAUUGGGAUGGGAUGCUGAGCAUGGUCAUAAAGUACUGGCAAUCUUGUGUCCCCUGCCAGGAGAGAUCGGCGCAAAGGCCGGGGGAACCCCUACACCCAAGGUUGGAGAGAGAGGUAGGCGCAGUCGUACAUCUGGAUCUACUAUUCAUGCCGAUUGGGGAGAACGGAUGUAAUUACAUCUUCGAUGCACGAGAUAACCUUACUGUGUUUGUGGACGGUCGGGCUAUUCUCACGAAGACCGGCCCAGUUUUGACGAGCUGCAUCGAAGAGUACUAUCUACGCUACCCUUUCGUCAAAGAGUUCGUGAUGAAUCGAGGAUCGGAGUUCACCUGGAACGAGGUGCAGACUUUGCUUGCAGGAUAUGGAGUAGUGGCGAAUUACACCACUGUUGCACAUCCUCAAGCAAAUGCACCUGUGGAAAGGGGGCAUAAUAGACCUGAGCCCAGGGUUGAUAGGAGGCGAAGAAGCAAGAGGCUGAGGGAUCUGGAGCCGAGGGAGCCCAUCGUGACUAGGGGAGGUCGGAAGGCCUUGGCGCAACGGGAAGGAGGACGAGCAGGACCUGCUUAUACGACAGAGUCUUUCCCUGCCUGUGGACUUAGGCAGGUGGAGUUCCAUCAGGUUACUAGCAGUGAUCUACAGGGGCCGUCGCUACGAUCGUCAUGGCAAGGAGAGAGCGGACCAUUAGAGGCUCCAUUCAGAAGUUUGGAAACCCAUCUUGAUGCUUCCCAGUGGGGAGCCCCUUCUGUAGGGGUGGGCCCAACGGAUCCAUCAGGAGAGGAGCCGGCACGCCCUGAGCCUGAGACUGAGCCACGCGGGCAGGAGGAGUUGCAUGCUGGGGAGAUUAUUAUGAUAGAGGGCGACACUCCUCCUCGUACCCCAGUUCCGGAGCAGGUACGACAGCCUUGGCCAGAGGGAGUCCCGAAGCCAGAUAGCCAGGAGAUUCCAGCACCCCCGCCAGAAGCCACUAUGUCACCCAGACAGGAGAUUGAGGCACGAGGACCGGAAGAGGGAUGGAGGACUGAGUCCCGCGUGGUCAUUGAUUCACGCCUAGCUGCGCAUGCAUCUAAGCACCCUGAUAUUGAGGUGCCUAUCCCGGUUGAGCCAUCAUCUGGGUCAGCACACGUCAAGCCAAAGAGGGGCGCGCAGACUCUAGGCAGGAAGGUCCAUGGACUGAGAGUGGAAAGGGUGUCAGAUGAGACUGCAGAGGCAAAGUCUGCUAGGAUACAAGCCCGCCUUGCGGAGAUACAUGCGCAGAGGGACAGGAUGGAGGCUGCAGGGAUAGCGCCGACACCACCAUUUGAUCCAAAGACGAGCGAGCAAAGGAUUGACGAGCUGUGGGCCAGGUAUGAGAGCCGAAGGGAGGCGGCUCGCCAGAGGUCACAAGCGGCAGGGCAAGCAAGUGAGAGGGCAGAUGAGGCGAUAGAGAUUGGAGAGCUGGGAUUUUCUGCCACCAGGAGAGUCAUUGAGCGGGUAGACAGAAGGAUGCGACAAGCAGCCACCACGUCCUUCCAGAGGUAUACUCUGCUCAAUGACGAGCUGACAAUCAGGAAGGGGGAGGUGGAACAGCUGACUGCCCAGCUCACAGAAGAGAAGGCUGAGAAUAAAGCCUGGAGGACUCGCCUGGAAGCGAAAGAAGCUGAGUGGGAGACGAGGCUCAAGGAGAUGUCGGCUGCAGUGGAAAGAUUUUCAGCCACUAAGGUGGUCGAUUGGACUAAACAGAGCAGGUAUGGCAUUCAAGGCGAAGGGAUUCAGGGACUGUUUGGCCAGGGGGAGGCACCAGAGACAUCUCAACAGGGAAAGCUAAAUAAGGUGUUUAUGGAUCCGGCUGAGGUAGAGGCGAGGAGAGAGGCUAACAAAGGAAGCUUUGAGUUCAAGGCUCCCACUGAGUUAGCCUCGCGGCAAGAGGCCCCUGGUUCAGCAAGCGCCCCUAUGGAGGUGCCAACUAAGGAGCCCCAGCCUGCACCGGCGGAGGAAGAAGCUGCAGAAGAGUCGCUUACGAUCCUUUUGGAAGUGCAGGAAGGGACCCUUACUGGAGCAGUGGUACCUCCUCAGUCUGAGGCCCAAAGGGGAGAGUCGUCGCGUCUGGACGAGUUGGUGGCAGCCAUGGAAGUAGAUAUGCAACCAGAGAGGCCUCAGAGGCUGGAGACCCCGGAGCAUGUGCCGGAAAUGAGGGAGUUGAGGACCCAGUUGGGCUCCUGGGCCACCGGGACUGACUCAGGAGGGCUGGCCACUGAGCGACAGGAGCAGGGGGCCACGAGCCAGCCUGCAAGGGCAGCCACUCCCCAGGCCUUAGAGCCUCACGAGACUUAGGAAGUGGCUGUGACAGAAAGGACCCACGAGGGCAGGCCACUGAGGUUGGAUACUCCCGAGUAC